UUGCUUAAAAGUUCAAACAUGGCUAGAUUUACACACGAUGGGUGCUGAAAUAGCUAUUUGAUUACAGGAUAAUGGUUAUUUUAAUUUAGAUAAUGAAUAUGAUUAUUCAGUUCCACAAUCUAUAUUCCUGGGUUCUAAUAUUUGCAUUAGGCCUAUGUGACAAAGGAACAAAUGCUUUCAGCAGUGAUGUAACUUCAUUGAUAGGACACCACUGUGUCAACUUUACAGGAUAUGCGGAUAACCAAUCGGAAUGUGUGUCCUGCUUCUUUCCGCAAAACUGCUUGACCAACAACACGUGUAAUGAAGGGACCAGAGGUAAAACGUGUGAACAUUGCACAUUUAGAGCUGAGAAUGGUGCUCAAGACAAGUACUACAGACUUGGGAAUGCCUGUAUCUCGUGUGAAGCUAUACCAGUGACCACCAUUGGAUUUGGAAUCUAUCUUUUUCUCUUCAUCAUAGCGGCCAUUACAAAUGGGUUCAGUAGCUCUCUCUGUACCAAACUGAAAGUCAUAUGCCAUUUUCUCCAGAUGUUAUAUCUGACAUUUCUCAUCAAGAUCCAAUGGCCAUUGCUUAUUCAGAAAAUAAUGAUGGGUUUGGCAUUUGUUACCUUCAAUUCCAAUAUCAUUCCACUGAAAUGUUUGAUACCUUCUCUCUCCUUUCUCAAUAUCCACUACCUGGAGUGGACCAGUUCCUUCUUAGUUUUGAUUGCCAUUGCCUUCAUCACUAUUCUUGUGGAUAAAAGUCUGACUGUUGUAUUUCAAACUGAAACCAAAAUGGAAUUGAAACAGAAGAAAUGGCAUCACCGUAUUAUCUUCCUGCGUCUGAUGUUCUAUGUGAUGGUUGUAAUGUACAUGCCUAUCAGUCUGUCUGUAGUUCAUAGUUCUCUCUGUUCUGGAGUUGUACCUGCUGAAGUAACACUGAAUGCUAAUGAAAAUGUGUUUUUCUACCUUCAAGAUGAAUCUUGUAACCAAAUUAUUUUCCAGAACAUAAAGUUUUUUGGCACCUUGUUCCUGCUUUUCUAUGUUUGCCCUGUUCCACUUUUAAUCAUCUUUGUGUCUCUGAGGCAGAAGAAAUGGAAGUUAUUGUCCAAAGUCAAUCAACAAUACAGGCCCCUUUACGAGUCUUACCGUCAUCGUUGCUGCUUUUGGGAAGCAUUUCCGAUGUUUAGAAAAUUGAUAAGCAUUGCAGUCACAGAUACUUAUCCACUAAGUGUUUUUGUUCAAUGCCUAAUUCAAUUGUCUACGACUGGUGUAUAUUUCAUCCUUCUCAUUCUUCUGAGGCCUUACAGAUCAGUUGUUUUAGGUAAUAGAAAAGCAGAUCUUCACACAUACUUUGAGAUUUUGUCCACCCUGACAGUAGGCUUGAUGCAAGCCCUCCCCCUCCUGGGAAGACACACACUCAUCCUUCAGUAUGCAAUCCUGGCUUGCACUGCAUUGACUUUGCUUAUAGGUUUAGUCAUGAUUUUCUUGACUCCAUUUGAGAGAAAUGACCAGGUCUCUUCUUCAGAAGACAUGCUAAACACUCCUGGCCAAAGCUUAUUCAGGAGACAUAUUAAAGUGGCACCAGCACCACAGAAAUUUGAAGAGGAAACUGAGUAGAAUGGGAGGCAUUUUGAAGUUUAGAUGGGAAAGCCAGGAUCAUAAUUGUUUUUCAGUUUUUAUUAUUGAAAAAAAAAAUAAUUAGCAAAUUCAGAACAAUUUUGGAAAACACAAGUGAAUGUUUGAUUAUUUUGGUUCAAACAAUUUACAAACCUUUCAAAUUUUUCUUUACAAAAUGUACUACAUCUGCAUCAUUAUCAAUAAAAGUUGCUAAUGGGGAAAA